AUGGCUUCUGUUGAGAAGUCCACAAUCAGUGGCCCUAGGCCUCUAAGAUCCCGAACCCUUCCUUUGAGGCUCUGCGGACAGGCUACUUGGGAUGUCAAUUCCAAUCUUACCGCCGUAACGCACGGGUUUUCAAGAGUCCGCUGCUCCCUCGUCUAUCGAAACUUCGACAACCUGUCGGAAGCCGCGGCUUCACUUUCGAAGGCUAUCACUCGCACCCUCGAUUUCUCGGGUCAUGGCCGUUCCUCCGUGGCCGCCACGUCAGGGUUUCACUCCGCACAUAAUGGAUUGGUGUUUGCGUGUGAGUUGCUGCAGUCCCAUCUCAGCACACUGCAUCAGGAUCUGGACGGGGAAGCGCUGGACAUCGCGUUGUCCAGAGCUUCUCAAUUGCUGGAUGCAACCAUGCUUAACUACAGGGGCUUCUUGCGUGCAGUGGAGAUGAACAAUUUGCAGGUUUUCUCAUCCAAUGACGUGCAGGCUAUCGUGCAUCGCGAAUCGGUGGAGCAGAACGCUGCUGCAAGUGUACCAAAGUCUCGGAGAAAGAGUGUGCUUUCACGUCUACGCACAUUCUCGCUUAGUUGUAUGCUCUCGGAGCUCGUCAGCCCGUUGGACGUACUGAAUGGCCGUUCUACGGCGUCCGCUAUUACGUUGGUCGAGCCGUCGCCCAUGUCUAUCAAGAGCCGACAAACUUCUUUUCGAGCUAAAUGUGGCGACACGAAGAAUGCGUCAUACAACUCCGAUAUUACAUUGGACUUGGAAUAUAUACGCCAGAUGCUUCUGUCUAAUGCUUCUUCUGACUUGCAUCCAGAAGAGACCAUGGACGUCGUUCGAAAUGCGGACGGCUCAAUUUCCCUGGCCACAUUUUCAGAGCUCAUCCAUAUGGCUACCGACCAACGAGAAUUUUUGAAAGGUUACCUGGCUGACCUCGUUGAUGUGCUCUUUCUAUACUUCCGCUCGUUUGCAACCCCAGAGAAAUUCUUCGAAAUGCUGUUGGAGCGUUACCACGGGAAGGCUGCUUCGGCCUUGGGACAGGAGGACCUACCCCGCUGGAACCAGGAUCACAAUUUCUCGAAAGUUCAAGUCACUUCCUUGAUCUACAUGUGGCUCAAGUUUUACUGGAAACCAACAACAGAUGAGUGCGUCCGACAGCGGAUCAUCGAGUUUUCCCACGAUUCGAUCGCCUCAGACACAGAUAUUCCCUUACAAUUGGUCAAGCUGGUGACGAGCACCAUUUGUGAAUGCUCUCCCGGCAGGACUGGACAUGAAGGGGGCCGCUGGUUGGAGAAGGAGAUAACUAGGACGGAGACGGCUGCAGGGACAUUCCCGCCUACGGAUUUUCAGGCGCGACUGCAGUAUCUGGAAACCUUCGGUACGGACGACACAUCUCUAGUUAACGCACGAUACUUUCUCGGGACUGGGGGUGCGGAGGAGAUUGCACGUCAUCUGACCAUACUGGAGUCGGAGUUAUUCCACACGUUCGUACCAGAGGAUCUGAUCAACUUCGCCGAUCGUGGAUUACAGUCAAAACUUGUAGCCUGGCGGAAGUUCUCAGAUGCUCUUUCGUUGUGGGUCCGGGACUGCAUUCUCGAACACAGCGGUGCUGCUGAUCGUGCACGGUUGCUAGAGAUGUUCGUUACCAUAGCCCAGGACUGCAAAACGAUGCGGAACUUCAGUUCGGCACAGAUCAUUGUUGUGGCUUUGCGGAGUAGCUGUAUAUCGCGUUUGCAACAGACAGCGAAGGCAGUGUCGCAGCGUUGUCGUGACGUCUAUCAGGAGUUGGAAGAAUUCUUCGAUUCUUCCAAGAACUGGAGCCCUUGUCGUACGGAAUUAGUGCAAAACCUGCCCGCCGUACCAUUAGCUAUGAUCUUCGUAAAGGAUAUCAUCCAUUGUCGGGACGGGCUUCCUCGUAUCAUGUCCACUGUUGGAACCUCUUCCAAGCCCAGCCAAGAAUAUAUUCCUCUGAACUAUUACCGUCAGAUGACUAAGAUUGUUCGCGGCCUUGAAAAGUGUUAUGGUUCAUACAAGUUGCAGCGUUCGGAGUUUCUUUACGGCUGGCUCAAGCACAACAUCGCGAGGCUGCAGCAAGACAGCUACAGCACUCACGAAGGACGUCUGGUACAGAAGAGCCUACUUCUAGAGCCCAAGUCCUUGACACCCUCCCUCAUCUGA